AUGGCCCUUGCAGCUCGUCAUCCAAAUCUACACAACUCUCAUAAGAACCGCCAUCACCAAACGUCGCAGCUCUCCUCACAGUCUCCUCCCUCACCACCCGCCAGGAUACUGCGUCAUCCAUCACCAGUCCGAUACCAGUCUACUCCUCCUUCGUCUCGCUGCUUCGCCGACAUACUCGACCCUAACCUUAACUUCUCAGACGACAAUGGCGACAGGUCGAACGACGUCGACCUACAGGUUAAACUCGCUCUGAUCGAUCUGCUCAACUGCAGCGACAUCAAGACAGAUCAGGAAUCUCGCCUAUGGGUGCAGAACAAACUGAUGGACACCGAACACCGAUUAAAGGCCAGACGGAGAAGCAGGGUCUUGCACUGCUAG